UCGCCAGUUUCAAACAGACACCUGCCCUCUUCUCCCUCCGCCGCUUUAUAUCGCACCGAAGUUUCAAACUUUGAAAACCCCAUUCAAAAGCCUAAUUUUGAAUUUUUGAGCUUUGAGCAAUGGGGUUGAAGAAAGGAGCGGUGGAGGAUCUGAUCGAGAGGGCCGGUGGCUGCGCCGUCAUCGAUGGCGGCCUCGCCACCCAGCUGGAGGCGCUCGGGGCCCACUUCGACGAUCCUCUUUGGAGCGCUCGUUGUCUGAUCUCCAAUCCUGAGCUCAUCGAAGAGGUGCAUGUUCAGUACCUUGAGUCAGGUGCUGAUAUAGUAGUAACUUCAUCUUAUCAGGCAACUAUCCUUGGAUUUGUAUCCAAAGGGCUGAGUGUCAACGAAAGCGAAAGUUUACUUCAGAAAAGCGUUCAUUUGGCACUUGAAGCCCGUGAUAAGUUUUGGAAACUUGUUCAGAGGUAUCCUUCACAUAAUUAUAACCAUGCUCUGGUGGCUGCUUCUGUUGGGAGCUAUGGUGCUUAUCUUGCAGAUGGUUCAGAAUACAGUGGCUACUAUGGGAAGGAUAUCACCUUGGAAAAACUAAAAGAUUUUCACAGAAGGCGAUUGCAAGUUCUUGUCGAUGCGGGCCCUGAUUUACUAGCCUUUGAAACCAUUCCUAACAAAAUCGAAGCCAAGGCUAUAGCUGAGCUUCUUGAUGAAGAAAAUGUCCCAAUCCCGUCUUGGAUCUGCUUCAGCUCAGUAAAUGGUGAGAAUGCCUGUUCAGGGGAGAGCUUUGAAGAAUGCCUAGACAUACUAAAUAAGAGUGACAAAGUCAGUAUCGUUGGAAUAAAUUGCUCUUCACCUCAAUGCAUAGAGAACCUUGUUCUGAAAUUCAGGAAGUCCUUUUUUCCGCAGCUAACUAAGAAAGCAAUAGCCGUUUAUCCAAAUAGCGGUGAGGUGUGGGAUGGGAAAGCUAAGCUAUGGCUGCCAUCUGAGUGCUUUGGAGGGGAAAAUUUUGAGGUUCUCGCGACAAGAUGGCAUGAAGCUGGUGCUAGCCUUAUUGGAGGAUGUUGUCGAACUACUCCCUCAACUAUUCGAUCAAUUUCCGAGGUUUUGAAGAGAAGAUUAUGACCAUAAGAUGUUUCUUCAAAAGUAGUAUGGGUUUAACCAUUUAAGAAAUUUCCAUGGUUUUAAGGGGUAGUCCUUCGCCAGAUGGAUCUUUCUUAAAAGAGAUGCAGAUUCAUUGUUUUUGCCGAUACUUGAAAGUUCCUUUUCGUGUAAUUAAUCUCUUCAUCUUUCUUCAAUAAUUCUUCAUCCCCCGCUCAUGAUGAUUUUAAUGGUAAAUGCUCUAAAGUUGUGAACUCUCAGCUUUUUGUACUUUGCAAAAAAAAAAAUAUAUGAUAAAAAUACUACUCCCCACAUUCAGCUAUGUUAUU